AUGCUUUCAAAACUUGAAAAGAGUGAACUAAUUGAAGUUGCCGAGGAACUAGAAAUUGAUAUUCCUUCGGGUGCCAAAUGGGCGACCAGAGUACUAAAACAAAUAUGCUGUGAUGAGCAGGACAAUUAUCCUUUGACCGUUGCUGCUGGCAAAGAGUUUUACGUCGACGAUAUACUCAGUGGUACCGAGGAUUUAUCUUCUGCCAUUGAACUACAAGACCAAUUAAUACAUUUGUUAAAAUCAGCUGGUUUGGAGCUUCACAAGUGGAGCUCAAAUAAUCCUGUUUUGUUACAAAAAGUACCAACGUCAGACCGAGAAUACAAUUUCGAUAACCCUAACUCAGCAACUUUAAAAACUUUGGGAUUAAAAUUCAAUCCUGAAAAGGAUACAUUUAGUUUUAGUGUUCAAAAAAUUGUGAGUGCUGCAACAAAAAGAACAAUGCUAUCGGACAUACCCAGAUUGUUUGACCCUUUAGGUCUCUUAGGACCUUUGAUAAUCACAGCGAAGAUGUUCUUGCAGAAGUUGUGGAUUUUGAGAAUUGAUUGGGACGAUGAAGUUUCCUUACACUUAAAUAGAGAGUGGGAAAAAUUUAGUUCUGAACUCAGUCAAUUGAAAAAUUUAAACAUAGAUCGUCAUGUGUUAUGUUCUGAAGCUCUGAAAGUAGACCUGAUAGGUUUCGGAAAUGCUUCGAAAAAUGCAUACGGUUGUGCCGUCUACACCAGAUCUUUGUCAAGGUAUGGUGAGAUAAAGGUGUCACUCUUAUGCAGCAAAUCUCGAGUUACUCCCAUUAAAGAAAUUAGUAUCCCACGUUUGGAGCUGUGUGCACCGGAUCUGCUUUCCAAGCUUACCGUUAAGGUUCUGUCAUCCUUGCAACUAGACAUUCAUGGAGUACAUUUGUACUCAGCCUCCACUAUGGUGCUUGCUUGA